ACUCUACUAUUAUAGAAACCGAAACUGAAAGUACUUGUAUACUGGCAACACCUAGGCCACAGACAGCGCAACCAUCUACGCAGAAAAUCAAUACACCGUGAUGUAUUCGCCUUUUUAAAAUGAGAACGUGACAAAACAUUAAUUUAAUUCAUCCAAGAAACCACUUUUAUUUAAAAAAAAUAUCUGUUGAGACUUGAUGCUCAUUUUUUAUUUAUUUACAAAGUGAUGAGUAUUCUCAUAGUUACGGCGUGGUAGAACUUUCUGCGCGUAGAUUAUCAGCUUUUCCUUCAAAUUAUAAACUGUUAAAGGUUCUUGUUGAGUAAGGUCAAGAAUAUAUUCAUUAUACACCAACAUAAUUGUAAGUUAAAAUGGAAGAAAUGAAUGGGGAUUUGUAUGGGGGUGGGUUAGUAAGUCUGGGAGAUGAGGGUUCUUUGGAGUCAACUGAUAAUGGUAAACAAGAGCAGAAUUGUAAGAUUUGCGACAAUAAGCUAUGCAGUCCUCGUGUUUUGUCUUGCCUUCAUGUAUUUUGUGAAGCUUGCAUUGACAAGUUGAUGGUUAAUGAAGCUGGUGAUUCUCUGAAAUUUGAUUUGGCCGUAGAAUGCCCAAUAUGCAAACAAGAAACCAAGAUACCUGGAGGUGGGGCUGCAUCCCUUCCUUCUGAUUAUGUGCUUACCAACAUUUUGGAUGUUUCUGCCAUGGAUCAAUCUGUUGUUUGCACUUGUUGCAAGAGCAAGGAACCUGCUGUUGCUAGAUGCACUGAUUGCUCUCAUUUUCUGUGUUCCAACUGCAAUUCAGCUCAUGAAUUUAUGAGAUGCUUUGAAAACCACAGAGUAGUACCAUUUGAUGCUCUGAGAUCAUCUAAGGAGAAAGCUGCUGUUCAUAAGCCAAUCUUCUGCGCUCGUCAUGCUGGGGAGAGUCUAAAAUUUUACUGUUGCGAGUGUGAGGUUGGAGCUUGCACUGAAUGUCUUACUGUCGAUCACAAAGUCGGCGAACAUCGCUGUGAGAGAAUUGUCGAUGUCGAGCCUAACCUGCGUGCCGAAUUGAGAAAUUUCAUUGUGGAAGCUAAUGCUCGCGCGGCUACAGCUGGCAGUGCUUCAGCUAAACUUGAUGAUGCACUUGGAGAUUUGCAACGUCAACGAGAUGAAGCCGAGGGCGUAAUCAACGAAGCUUUUCAUGCUUAUAAAGCUGCAUUAGAGAGAUGCCGUGAAAAGGCCCUUGAAGAACUUGAGCGUUUGCAUAAAGAAAGAGAACUCAAGGUCAUGGAUCUCUUUGAUCGCGUCGAUAAAACUGUUCAACGCAUAGACUGUGCUUGCAAAUUUGCGGCUAGAUUACUUCGCCGCGGUGACGGCACUGAAAUUGUGAUGUUGAAGAAAACUGUUGCCUCACAGUUUGCUCGUCUGUUGGAAGGAGCACCUGAAUUUGAUGUUGAUUACUCUUUGGAAUUCGUCACUAAAAUAGACAAGUUUGAUGCCAUAUCUGAAGAAACUUUCGGAACAUUCCGCACAGAGACAACUCGAGCAGAAGAAAGGAAGCGUGCUAGCGAAUCCUCUGCUAUUGUAUCGGUGACAUCGAAUUCUCACUCACCUGCUGUUUCAGUAACUAAUGCUCCAGUGUUUGACGACUAUCCAAUUGGAGGCGUCCGUCGAGUCACUGGGGUAACUGGAGUUGGAAGCAUGGUAGGAGUGUCUGGUGUGCCAGCUAUUGGAGUACCUGGUGUAGGAGCUGUCACUGGAGUAGGUGUAGCUAACACAAGUGUCAUAACUGGUGGAGUUAACAUCACAAGUGGCGUUGGAGGUGGCGUACCUGCAUUGCCAUCUAUGGUCGAAUAUAAUUUGCAGCAGUUGGCUAGUAUUGCUGAGAAAGACGUGUCUCCUCCUCCUCACGCGUCUCCAGCUCCCACUUUUACUCUGGCUGAGUUACUUGCCGGUGACCUUAAUUCACCUCAAGCUUACAACAACCUGCAAGCUCUUGCUAAAUUAGGCCUGAACGAAGUGAAUGGCUUUGGAGGUGUUGGAGGAAUUGGUGAUGUAGGUCCUCGCGGUGUGUCUCCAGGAAGACCUUUGCUGACAGCAGCGGAAGAGGCGGCUCUGGUACCUCCACCGGCUCCUCUUGUGCGUGCCACUAAAGCUACCCCCAUGCAUAUAAGAUUCAAGUUUGGUCAACUGGGAAGUGGCAAAGGCCAAUUUAAUUCACCUCAUGGAUUCUGUCUUGGCAACGACGAAGAUAUAAUUGUAGCCGAUACAAAUAAUCAUCGCAUCACGGUAUUUGAUAAGUCUGGAACUUACAAAUUUAACUUUGGCAUUGCUGGAAAAGAGGAAGGCCAGUUGUGGUACCCGCGUAAAGUGGCAGUUGUCCGAGCCACUGGCAAGUUCGUCGUCUGCGAUCGCGGCAAUGAAAGAUCUCGCAUGCAAAUAUUUACUAAAAAUGGGCAUUUCUUGAAGAAAAUUGCUGUGCGAUUUAUUGAUAUUGUUGCCGGAUUGGCAGUAACUGCCGAAGGUCUCAUUGUGGCAGUGGACAGUGUGACACCUACUGUAUUUAUACUCUCUGAGGAAGGCGAGCUCAUUCGGUGGUUUGAUUGCAGCGAGUGUAUGAGGGAACCAUCCGACAUUGCUAUAAGUGGCAAGGAGUUUUACGUCUGCGAUUUCAAAGGACACUGCGUUGUUGUUUUCGACAUUAAAGGGCACUUCUUGCGUCGUAUUGGAUGUGAGAACGUUACAAACUUCCCUAACGGCAUUGACGUGUCUGAUGCGGGCGAUGUUCUCAUUGGUGAUUCCCAUGGAAACAAGUUCCACGUUGCAGUUUUCUCACGUGACGGCGUUCUCGUCACUGAAUUCGAGUGUCCCUACGUCAAGGUGUCUCGUUGCUGUGGAUUGAAGAUUACAUCUGAAGGAUACAUUGUCACCCUGGCUAAAAAUAAUCACCAUGUUCUAGUCCUCAACACCCUUUAUAUUGUCUGAGGAGUAACUCGAUGGCUGUAAGUCUGCAUACUACAAGAUCUCACAUUUAUUCCCUAUAUUUUAUAUUAAUUGCUGUUUUUACAAAGCUUAACAUUUUUUG